AUGAAUAGCAAGAGGCGUCGUCUUUCUUCAUCAUGCUAUUCUAAAAUCCCCAACAGCUACCAUAGUAUUCUCAAGGAUGAUGACAGUUCAUUGACCAAUAAAGUUAAUGCUAAUGAAAGCCAGACUCAGCUUUAUGAAUAUUCACGUCCUGAUAUGUUUCCACCUGCUUCCGCUUGUGCUCCCCCACGUUCUAUGACUCCUGAUUUGAAAUCCUCAUCUCUUGGUAUACUAGACACGUUUUCACUUUCAAAUCUACUCCCGCCUAUGGAACCUUCCCAAACGACAACUGCCAACCCGUCUGAUCCUACAAAUGCUUAUGGAAUAAGUGAUACCGCUUCGUCAUCCACGAUUCUUCCAACACAUGAGAACAGUCUUUUGUCGUACACGACUUUCUCAACUCCUGUGGAUGUCCCACUUUCUGGUUUUAUUAAUCAACCUUUAACUGAUGGUUUUCCAUUAGUAAGGAAGAAAGACUUUGGUCCAAAGUCACACAAAAAGUCUACACAGGCGGCCCUAUACGAUCCAGAAUAUAACUACCUAGAGUGUGAUUUAUCCUCUACUGGCUCUGACUAUAAAACUUUGUGUCUGACACCAUGGACGCAUACAGAACAAUUAGAGAUGAGGCGGAUCGUUCGGAUUGAAAAGUUUAAAGAUCUGAACAAGUUUCAGCUUCAUUUUAGUAUUGUCGAUACGGAACAUGAAUCUUCUGAAUUAAUGAUGUCGGAUAAAAGAUCAUGUAGUUCUAUAGAUGCAGCUCCACAAUCAAUAGAGGUUUCAUGUUUGCAAUGUCAAUGUGCGCCGGAUGACCAAGGUCUUGACAACUCACAUAAACGCUUCUAUAUUACAAGUGUUGAAGUUAUUCACAUUGUUGAGCUCAUGAUUUAUGAUUGGGGAUCAACAACGCCGAAUGAUCAGAAGAGAAGAGAAAGAGGAAGAGUGAGAUCGAAUCUCCUCCCAUUCUGGUCAAAGUCCAUAAAUUCUAAAAAGGAUAUCUCCGCAAGCUCGUCUCCAGGUUCCAGAAAUUCUGUUUCCACAACAUCUCCUUUCCCAUUGGAUUCCGGGUCGCCGCAUAUUGAACCAAAGACAGAUGAUGACUGCAAGCAGCAACUGGCUCAGAGAAUAAUGUCCUACAAAACUAGAAAGCCUAGAGGUUUUGAUAAGGAUGUUAGAAUCUUGGAAUGGAAUAGGUUGAUGGAUGCUCUAACCAGAGUUAUGCAAAGCUACUAUGUCAAAGUACCAAAAGAGUACCGUCUCAGUUGA